GAGCCGCGGCUAUGGCGGCGGCGGCGGCCCAAGGCCGGGCUCAGGCCGGAGAGGGCGCGGAGGAGGGGUCGCUGCAGAUGGUCCUGCUCAGCACCGCGGUGGCCGUGUGCGGUUCCUUGGAGUUCGGCACCUGUGUUGGGUAUUCUGCGCCGGCUCAAGCUGGAAUUGUCAGCGACAUUGGACUGUCAAAUUCACAGUAUGGUAUCUUUGGAUCAGUCUUGGCGGUUGGCGCAAUGAUCGGCGCUCUAACCAGUGGCCGCCUUGCAGACACUCUUGGGCGCAAAAUGACCAUGCGCCUGGCAGCAAUUGUUGGCAUUUUUGGUUGGCUUGCUAUAUACCUAGCCAAGGAUGCAACGACGCUCUACUUGGGACGGGUCUUGCUGGGCUACUGCACGGGGGUCCUUUCUUAUGUGGUACCUGUGUUCAUAUCUGAAAUAGCACCAAAGGAUCUCCGAGGAGGCCUUGCAGCCUCAAACCAGGGUGUUCAGCUGCCUACAUCAUCGGAGCAACGGUUUCGUGGCGAUCUUUGGUUAUUGUGGCAUUUGCAUGUUUGUGCAGGAUUAGUGCCUUGUGCAUUCCUCCUCGUGGGUCUUCCCUUCAUUCCCGAGUCUCCAAGGUGGCUGGCCAACAUCAGGAGAGAGAAAGAAUUCCGUACUUCGCUACAAAAGCUUAGGGGUGAAAAAGCUGACAUAUCUGGAGAGGCUACUGCAAUUACAGAGUACAUCGAAUCAGUUCAGGAUUUACCUAAGGCUAGGAUUCAAGAUUUGUUUCACAGCAAAAAUAUGUAUGCAGUCAUUGUGGGUGUCGGCCUGAUGGUCUUUCAGCAGCUGGGAGGAAUAAACGCGUUAGGCUUCUAUACAAGCUAUAUCUUUUCAUCUGCAGGGUUUUCUGGUAAACUUGGUACCACCUUGAUAGGCAUUAUUCAGAUUCCAAUCACAUUAUUCGGGGCCCUUCUCAUGGAUAGGAGUGGAAGGAGAACCCUUCUACUGGUGUCUUCAUUUGGCACAUUUGUGGGCUGCUUUCUUACUGGGCUGUCAUUCUACUUUAAGGCACAAGGAUUGUACACACAACUGGGUCCUACACUGGCUCUUUACGGCAUACUGGCAUACUAUGGGGCAUACUCAAUUGGAAUGGGACCUGUUCCUUGGGUUAUCAUGUCCGAGAUAUUCUCAAUCGACAUGAAAGGAAUAGCUGGAAGCUUGGUAACCCUGGUUAGUUGGAUUGGUUCGUUCGCGAUAUCCUAUUCAUUCAGCUUCCUUAUGGAUUGGAACUCUGCAGGCACAUUUUUCUUGUUCUCAGCAACAAGCCUGGUUACUGUGUUGUUCGUGGCAAGGCUAGUGCCAGAAACUAAAGGGAGAACACUCGAAGAGAUCCAAGAAUCGCUAAUGGCCAGCACAUGACAGGUUAAGAGGGAGGACUAUGUAUGGCUGGCACGGCCAUUACAAAUUUAUGACUACAGAUCUGAGAAAAAGAACUGAUAUCUUUGCAUUGUAAAUUCCCAUGUAACUAUUGUUAAUCAUUAGAUUGCUUGGCCAUGAGUGUCGAACUAUCAAUCAAUUCCAGACAGAUCUGUGUCAGAUGAUCUCAUUUGGUUCA